GGAAGUGGCAAUCAACAUUUAAAGUUUCGAAUAAAGAUCUGCAUAUAUAAGUAGAUACGGGUACCAAGAGAUUGGCACAGAUGUAUUCCAUUGAAGCAAAUCAUACCAUAAGUUUAUCGGACGAAAUCAAGCUGUUCAGCAACACGUUAGAUUCAAACCAAGAAUCAUGUUAUUCUCCACACUUAUUAUUUCUUCUAUGGCGGCCCUCGCAGUAGCAAGCCCCCUGAGAACCCGCUCUGGAAAUGAUGUUGCUGUCGAUGAAAGCUCACCUGCCCCUUUAAUUGAAUGGUCAAACACAAAAAGAAUUGCAAGGACGACUGCCGACGAAGAAGCUUCACUUGCCCCAAUAAUUGAGUGGGCUGAUACGAAGAAGACCGCAAGAACUGUCUCCAACGAGGAAGAAAUAGCACCUACGCCCCUUAUUGAAUGGUCAAACACGAGAAAGGCUUAGAUGACCGCCAAUCUUAGCUUCAAUUGCCAUGUCAUCAAGGCUCGUACGCAACAAUUCCAUUGAAGUACAUGCGGUUUUGAGGUUGAUCUUACUAUUUUGCCGGCUAUUGGGAUACAGGAUGGACGGACGUCGUUAGUCAGAAGGGCUUUCAAUCAAUGCAUGGUCUAUAACUAUUGGUGUCACCUCGGUGGUGAUUAUGACGUCUUCAUAAUGAGUAUGGUUUAUUGUAUUGUAUUGUAUUGUAUUGCGUCUAUCUUAUUCUAGGUUCAGAGCUACCAGAGCUAUAUGCAAUACAUUCGUACGCUAGCGCGCUAUUGCACUCACGUGUGUAAAUUCACUCGUGUCGCAACAAUCACCUUCUACCUUUCA